ACUGAAAAAAUAUUAUUAAAAAAAUCCCCAAAGCCAAAUAGAUUGGAAAUGGAAAUACUGUGUUCCUACGUUGCUCUCUUACCCAACUGCACUUGCCCCACCCCAAGCUUUCUCCAAAUCUUUCACCGCCGUUCCCAUCAUAGAACAAAAUCAAACCCUCUUUCCCUUCUCAAAUACCGAACCCGCUCCAAAAAUAUAUGUUCCCUCACUUUCUUUCCCACAAGCUAUUGUAUAGACCAAGAAAAUUACCAGUCCAGCAACAGCACAAGCUACUCGCACCAUUCGUUAUUUGAGCAAUCCCGGUCUUCCAUUGAUAGUAAAUUUAUUACUAACCAAAACCCAGAAACCCAAAACCAAGAACAAGAAGAAAAAAAAAUCAAGAAACUCAAAAGACUUUUCACAAACAUGUGGUGGGUAGAUUUGAAAGCUGCAUUGGGCCAAAGAAUUAACGUUGAAGGGAUUGUUUCUUCAGUGUCAGUGUUCGUUAAAGAGCAACAUUUGGCUCUUCCCCAUGCAUCAGUUCGUGAUAUAAGGUUUAUUGAUUGGGCAGAGCUUCAUAGAAGAGGCUUUAAGGGUGUUGUAUUUGAUAAGGAUAAUACAAUAACAGUGCCUUACUCUCUGGCAUUAUGGGGUCCUCUUGUUUCUUCAAUAGAGCAGUGUAAAUCGGUCUUUGGCAAUGAUCUUGCUGUUUUUAGUAACUCUGCCGGCCUAUAUGAGUAUGAUCAUGAUGGUUCGAAAGCCAGAGCACUUGAGAAGGCUAUUGGGAUCAAAGUCAUAAGGCAUAAGGUGAAGAAACCAGCGGGAACAGCUGAAGAAAUAGAAAAGCACUUUGGCUGUAAAUCAUCGCAACUUAUAAUGGUGGGUGAUCGACCCUUCACUGAUGUUGUUUAUGGGAGCCGAAAUGGCUUUUUGACUAUAUUAACUGAGCCAUUGAGUCUUGCUGAGGAGCCAUUCAUUGUUAGGCAGGUGAGGAAACUAGAGUUGUCACUUACCAACCGAUGGUUUCGGAGAGGAAUGAAGCCAAUUUGUCAUGGUCUACUGCCAGAUGCCUCACAAUGUGUUAAAAAAGAUGUACAACCUCUGUAAAAAGGUCAAAAAAAUACACACAGCUAUGAACAAUUCUUUCCUUGGUUAUUUCAUCCCCCUUUUUUCCCCGAAAGAUGUUGUAGUCAAUGCUUUUUUUUUAGUAAAAUUUUUAAGAUUGACCACAAUCUGAAUCUGAAAAUUCAAGAGAGGAAUAUAAUAGAAAUCCAGUUUUGCAUUGGAGUACCUAUUCUGAUA